CCGCGAUUGGAAGUGUAAACGUUUUUUGGCAAGCUCCAGGAGACGUCAGAUGUAUUUGACCUCAACCUUAACCAUAAAGACAAUCACAAAUAGUUUCAGAAGCUUGGAGCCAAAGUUGGGCACUUAGGAAAAUAGUUUUUUAUAUAUAUUUUGGGUUUUAUGCUAUAACAGGUGGACUACACAAUAUAGCAGCAUUUUAUCUUUCCUUUCAAGCAUUUUAUUUUCCUAACAAAAGAUGAAGGAGGAAAUUGCAGCGACUGUUUUCUUUAUGGCAAGGCUUGCACAGAAAUAUGGCAAACUGAAUCGAAUUGCCAGGGAUACAUUUGCUCUUUCUCUUACUUCAGUUCUCUUUGAGAAAUUUAGAAACCAUUGGUAUCCAAGCAAUCCAUCCAAGGGUCAAGCAUUCAGAUGUCUCCGAGUGAAUAAAUUCCAAAUUCGAGAUCCAGAUAUUGAACAAGCUUGUCGUCAAAGUGACAUUGAUUUUGAUGACUUGGGACUCCCUUCAGAGAUGACCAUUUGGGUAGACCCCGGAGAAGUUUCUUGCCGGUAUGGAGAGAAGAGCACCCCAUUCUGCGUAACUCAACUGGAGGGACCAAAAUGCGAUGGGGACUUCUCGCGCAGAAUAAACAAUGCAGUGGAGAGGGCCUCUUCAGAUUACCACUCUGGAACCUCUUCUGACGAGGAGGGAGACAGCAUCAUCAGCAACAUAAGCAGCAACAUCAGCGGCAACAUGAGCGGCAACAUCAGCAGCAGCAUCGGCAGCAGCAUCAGUAGUAUUAACUGUAGCAGCAACAGCAGUUGCCUGUCUGCUCCUGAGCAGAAGACCAUUCCCACUGUUAGCAACCCCAACAGUGUUUAUCAGAUCAGUGAGUUUGGUCCACCUCUUCAGUCAUGGAAUCCUUACCCAAAAAGGAAGCCUUUUCCUGGGGAUGGUUACCAACAGCAUGGCUCAUCCAAUGGCUCAUUUCCACAGCACAAGUCCUUCAAAAAUUACCGUCCGUCCUUUGCCUUCUCAGGGCCACGGGUGGACAAGUACCACUGGGUCAGUAAGAACAGGUCCUAAUGGCUGACCCAUCUGUUGAUCAAGCUCUUCCAAGCCAAUUUUUGUAGUAUCUGUCCGCAAGACUAAUGAGCACUUUUUCUUGGUCAUUGCUGUGGAGUUAUUUUAAUAUAAGUGUUUUAUAAAAGUAUUUUAACUGUUUUAAUGCCUUAUACAUGUGAAUGAGAAAAAAAUAAAUAAAAUCUUUAGCAUUCAUUAAA